CCUCAUCUCUCAACGUCUCUGUCUCGCUGUUAGGGUUCCGAACUUCCGAUCUCGUUCCCGCUUCCCUCUCUCUUCGAUCUCCAUGAAAGCCUUCACGAGUCCUAGGAGCACUAGGGUUCCGCCCUCCGAAACCCUCGCUCCUUCCUCGCACAAGCAGCGGCCGCCUCGGAUCCCCAAGGAGAACGUCGACCCCUGCCCCGCGCCGCCGGAUCGGUCCCCAUUCCACAGCCAUGCGCCCGGCGGAAAGCCCCUCUCCGCCAAGAACCGUAGCCCCCUUCCCCCUCGCCCGCCGCUCGCCUCCAAACACUCCGCCAACCCGCUCAAGAGGAAGCUCAUCUUGGAAACCAUCGCCGAGAAUGGGGUUCCGCCCUCGUCGGUGCCGGAUUCUGGCGUUCAGGUGAUCGUGAGGAUGCGGCCUCCGGGCAAGCAGGAGGAAGAAGCCGAUCUGAUUGUGGAGAAGGCCUCUGUGAACUCUCUUUCAAUUCUUGAUCACACGUUCACCUUUGAUUCGGUAGCUGAUAUCAGAUCCACACAGGAAGAUAUAUUUCGAUUCGUUGGGCUUCCAUUGGUGGAGAAUUGUUUGGCUGGGUUCAACAGCUCGAUAUUUGCAUAUGGGCAGACCGGAAGUGGAAAGACUUAUACUAUGUGGGGGCCUCCCAGUGUUAUGUCAGAGGGUGCAUCUAGCACCGACCGAGGAUUGACUCCGCGUGUUUUUGAGAGGCUAUUUUGUCGCAUAGACGAAGAACAAUCUAAGCACUCCGACAAGCAGCUGAAUUACCAGUGCCGUUGUUCCUUCUUGGAGAUCUACAAUGAACAGAUCACCGACUUGUUGGAACCAACUCAAAGAAAUCUCCAGAUCAGGGAAGAUGUAAGAACUGGUGUUUAUGUGGACUAUUUGACAGAGGAGUAUGUAUCUACAGUGAAGGAUGUAAAUAAUUUGUUGAUGAAGGGACUUGCAAACAGGAGGACUGGUGCAACAAGUAUAAAUGUGGAAAGUUCGCGAUCUCAUUGUGUGUUUACUUGCAUCAUUGAGUCUCGUUCUAAGAGCGUGACAGACGGCUUAGUGAGCUUAAAGACUAGCAGGAUCAACCUUGUUGAUCUGGCAGGAUCUGAAAGGCAAAAGCAAACAGGUGCAGGAGGGGAACGUUUAAAGGAAGCUGGGAAUAUUAAUCGUUCCCUGUCGCAACUUGGGAAUUUGAUUAAUAUUCUUGCUGAAGUUUCGCAUUCUGGAAAACAGAGGCAUAUUCCUUACCGAGAUUCCAAGCUGACAUUUUUAUUGCAGGAAUCUCUUGGUGGUAACGCAAAACUAGCAAUGAUAUGUGCUAUUUCACCAUCGCGAAGCUGUAAGAAUGAAACUUUGAGCACCUUACGGUUUGCCCAGCGUGCAAAGGCAAUACGGAACAAGGCAAUUGUAAAUGAAAUAAUGCAGGACGAUGUUAAUGUUCUGCGUGAGCAGAUACGCCUACUGAAGGAUGAACUUCUGCGUAUGAAAUCUAAUGGAUCUUCAGACAACAAUGGAGGUUACUCAACAGGAUGGAAUGCUCGAAGAAGUUUGCAUAUAUUGAAAAUGAGCCUUACUCGUCCCACACCAUUACCUAUUGUCAAUGACGACAGUGAUGAAGAGAUGGAAAUUGAUGAAAAUGAUGUUGAGAUGCCAUGUGUCCAAGCUGCUUCCCAAGUAUCUCCUUGUGUAGAUAGAUUGUCUGCAGAUCUGACAGUAUCAAAAGAAAAUGAUUUCGAGUUGAGGGAAACAGGAUCAUGCCAAGUCCCUGCAAAGUCCGAUGGAAAAGCAAUUGCUUCUAUUGGUGAUGAUCUAGAUAGUCAACUGGAUGCCAACCGUGAAGUAAUAAUGCAUAAUGAAAUGAUUCAUGUUCUUCCAGAUAGUGAAUUGCCUACUGAAAGAAAACCUUCAGUAGAAAAUGGGCAAAUCAUGCUUGCUGACCCAUCUUAUAACUCUGACCUCUCUCCAAAUACCAUAUUAUCGCCAUCCAAUCUUAGCAUUGAACCUUGCCACACAUCUCCAGUUCUUCAGUCACCUACUUUGAGCAGUUCACCUAUAGUCGAUACUUCCACUAGCAGGAAGAGUCUUAGGACAUCAUUAUCAAUGUCAGCAUCUCAAAAGAACAUUCUGGAAAAUGUGAAAUCAAGUUCAGGAGCUGUGAAUGCAUCAACUGAACUUCUAUCGUUAGAUGCUUCUUUGAGUCAAAUAAAAAGGAGUUCCCUUAAACCAACUGAACACCUGACAGUUAGUCUCCAACAUGGUCGUCAAGUUAUUGAUAAUUGGCAGCAGAACUCAGUCUUGAGAAGGUCAUCAUUCAGGUUUUCUGUUAGGCCAACUGAAGGCAAGCCACUUAUCCCAGUAAACAAGGUUGAUGUUGGAAUUCAAGCACUUGAAGAGCUAGAAGAUCUACCUAAUAUAUGUAGUUACUGCAAAAAUGCAGUUUCAGAAGAUGAAAAUAAAGAUGGCAACAGAAGCAAGGAUCUGCAACUGGUACCUGUUGAUGGAUUGAUACCGACUGAGAAACUCAAGAUGCAUGUACCAAAAGCAGUGGAGCAAGUUUUGGCAGGAUCAAUCAGACGAGAAAUGGCACUUGAAGAUCAUUCUGCAAAGCAAGCUGCCGAAAUUAUGCAGCUAGAGCGUUUGGUCCAACAAUAUAAAUAUGAACGGGAAUGCAAUGCAAUGAUUGCUCAAACCCGUGAGGAUAAAAUCUCUCGUCUUGAGAGGCUUAUGGAUGGUAUUCUGCCUACCGAGGAGUUCAUGGAGGAAGAGUUUAUUGCUCUUGUGAAUGAACAUAAGCUUCUCAAAGAGAAAUACAAGAAUGAUCCAGAAGUUUCACGGGUAAAUAUCGAGCUGAAAAGAGUGCAAGAUGAGCUUGAUGGCUAUAGAAACUUCUUUGUUAUGGGCGAGAGGGAUGUUUUAAUGGAAGAGAUUCAGGAUUUAAGAAGUCAAUUGAAAUACUACAUGGAAUCCUCUUCUGCUGAAUCAACCAAAAAACCUUGUUCUUUGAUUCAAUUAACUCAUCAGGGCAGACUCAGCACAACAACAGAUUUGGAUGAAAUAAGUGCUGGUAAUAAAGUCGAAGUAGAGAAGGGUAGUUGGACAGAAAGAGAGAGCAAUUCUUCUCUUGUUGAAGAACUUAAGCUUGCACUUGAAGCAAGUCGAUCUGUGGCUGAAAAAUUAAAAUUGGAACUUGAAUCUGAGAAAAAAUGUGCCGAGGAGCUGAAAGAGGCACUACAAACUGCUAUGCAGGGUCAUACCCGCAUUCUAGAACAGUAUGCUGAACUUCAGGAGAAACACACUGCACUGCUUUUAAGAAAUCGGAAAAUCAGUGAUGAUAUUGAUAAUGUUAUGGAAGCAGCAGCAGAAGUGGGAGUCAAGGAUGCUGAGUCAAAGUUCGUUAAAUCUCUUGCAGCUGAAAUUUCAGUCUUAAAAUCAGAAAGAGGAAGGGAAAGGCAACAAUGGCGGAAUGAAAAUAAAGCCCUUCAAACCCAACUCAGAGACACUGCUGAAGCUCUACAGGCUGCUGGUGAGCUUCUUGUGCGGCUAAAAGAAGCAGAGGAAACUGCUGCAAUUGCUGAGAAAAGAGCAUUACUGGCAGAGAAAGAGACUGAGAAGGCAAACGAAGAGAUAGAUAGCUUGAAGAAGAAUCAUGAUAGAGAAAUUAUUUCGUUGAAACAGAUACUUGCAGAAUCACGUUCAUCAAAAGAAGCUCUUGAACACACUGAAUUUGAUGAUUCUGAAGUGCCCAAAUCUGAGGAAGGAAAGAGUGAGCAGAGAUGGACAGAGGACUUUGAACCUUUCUGCAAGAGAGGGGAUACUGAAUUAUCAAUGGACACAGAUCCUAAUUCAUGGUUUGCUGGUUAUGAUAGGUGCAAUAUCUAAAAAUUCUAAAGGAACAUGCCAGCAAUAUGUUUGUAUCACCAGGAAAAGACAUGUUGUACAACACCUUAAACGAUGGUAAUGUAGCACUUGUGUGUCAUGAAUCACCAUCUACAAUUUCUGGUUCUCACCAAUCGUGAGAACUGGUCAUGUUCUCUGAGAUUGCAUCCCAGAAGAUACUAAUCUCCCUCACAGUAACUUGUUUUUUGUUUACAUGUGUGUAAGCAUUAGUACUUUAGUACUGAACAUUAACUUUCAGCAAAUUUAUUUCUUUUCUUUAA